UUACUGCUCCUUUUUGUCACAUUCGUCACUGCUAGCUGCAUGAACAUUUCAUGUACACCCUAUGAAGCAUCUAAGGGCUCAAAAUCUGAUAUGGGAGCUGGGGCCGUUCAAACUUAUUCCAAUAUAUAUGUGAGCUAUGCAAGGUGUUGAUUGAGGAGAGAAAAAUCUUACAAUGGCAGAAUAUGUAGCUUCACCAUCGUGUGUCAAGCUGCAUAUGCAGAGAAGUUAUUUUCAGCAGAGAGGUUGCAUUGCCUGGAACUCGCAUUUCAGGAUAGCUCAAAGUUGUAAGAAGUAUUCCCAUGGAAGCUGUAAGGUUGUCCAGCGCUCAAUGUGGAAAAUGUGGGAGCUUAGUCAUAGUUUAUCAAAUUUGAAACUAAGUCCUUGUCUCAGGGAGACUUCCUUGAAGUCUACUUGCUUGGGGUCUUUGGUAAACACUGAUGGUGCAGCGGCCUCUGAUUGGAUACCCAUUGUCGAUCAAGUGCUUCUGAUGACCAGUAUAUUUCUCACCUACACUGCUGGAGUUAUUCCUGUUCAGAAGUCUUAUCUAAAUUGUCCAAACAAUAUCGACAAUGAUGAUGUGGUCUCUGAAAGCUCAAACACUUCUGGUAGUUACAAGGGACAUCUUACCUUUAAUUGCAGUGCCAUGAAGAACGAUGACCAAGUUGAAUCAAAGUAUGCCUUAGAUGUAGUGAAAAGAAAACUUUUGGACUCUGUAAAUGCUCUUGAACAUGGCCGUAAGUUGGGGACCAGGAUCCUUGAAUUUGAAGAACACUAUGCCAAGAAACCUUUAAGUUUGAAUGCUGUUGCUGAGGGUCCAAGACUGCAUUUGCUUUGGGCUUCUUUUCGGCAAGUUGAGGAAGAGGCAGGCACUGUGAGUAAAAUCUCCCAAAUUUCUGAAAUGGCUAAGAUGGACAAUUGGUCUGCAAUUUUUCCUGAAAUCAUGCAAAAAUGCUGUCAGCCUAUAUGCAUGGCAUGGCUGGAAAAGGAGCUUCACCUCAAAGAGAGUGAUACUAACAAGGCACUUGCCUCUCUGAUAUUUGAGAAGUUAAAAGGCGAUGACACCGUUUUACAGAACAUCAGAAAGUCAGGCAAAGAAGAUCUGUAUGCGGAAUUUUUGUGCUUUCUAAGUUUUGGUUCUCUCAGGGACGGCUGCAGUUAUGACAAUAGCAUAUUUAUUUUGCACGGAAUUUCCAUAUUGGAAGAUUUGGUGAUAACAUUAGCUGAUGGGAUUGCAAGCAUAUUUUUGGAGCUUAUUUCUGUUGAUGGCAAUUUGUCAAAUGAAAUGAAUAGACUGGGUCUGGCAUUAUGUACUUUGUCGACCCGGGCACUCCAAAAAUUACGCAAUGAGGUGGCUUUGAACCAGUGGCUGUUUCAAAAUGUGGAGGCAAUUGUAUCAAUGUACGAGGAUCGCUUUGACCUAUGCACCCUUAAGAGCCAAGUCAUUGAGGUACCAAGAAAUAGCCAGACACAGAAUUAUAGUUGGUGGAAGAGGCUUACCCUGCAAAAAUCUGAAACUGUGUCAUCUCGAAUGCAUCAGAUUUUGAUUAGCCAAUUUUCCAUGUCUGUAAAGCGGACGAAGGAGUUAAGGGCCCUGCAAGGAUGGAGAUAUUACUUCAGCCUAUUGCUUGAGUUAUCUGACAUCAGCAUGCCCUUGAUUAGAGCUGUUAUUGACAAAGUCAGCAAUGCCAUCUCAUUCUUUCUAGUUUGCUUGAUUGGGAGGUCAUUAGGACUUAUCUAUACUGGAAUUAGGCAGUCACUGCGAUGGAAGUGAUUAUGUAAAAGGGAUAUUUUUGUUGUUCAUCGAGUUUUUGCCAAUCAAAAGAAUGUGAUUUUGAAUCUUUCAGAUUGAAAUCUUCAAUUCUUUUUUCCCUGGCCAUUUGAGGCUUCCCUUGAUUAAUAAAUUUGAGAAUCUGAAUCAAAUUUGA